GAAAGUAUGGUUAAUUUUCAAGAUGGCUUCCACGUUUGGGGACUUAGAGGAGAUUUACGCGCCAAGCGCUGCAGAUCUCUUAGCCUUCUCUUUUUUAUUAUUAUGGAUAGUACUAGCAUUAUUUCAGUUAAUAUCUAUAGCAACAGCGUGAGUAUCAUUUGCUUCAGUGUUUGCAAAGCCACGCUAUUUGAUAUUCCGCUCAACUUCGCGUACUGUUUGGUACAUUUACUAAUUUGUCAAUGUGCUAUGUUUUAGUAAGAUUCACCUUCAUAAAUCUACUCCCGCUGUCAAUAAUAAAGAACUUCCGGGGGUUUCAAUCUUGAAGGUAAGGUAUCCUUUAAACAUUAUAGCUUUAUAUUAAAUAAUGCGUUGGUCAGCUAUUGAUCCGCCAAUACCUAUGCUAAAUGAGCUUACUUUUGAGACUCAAGAGCUGUUUUGCUCUGUUGGCGAUCCAAGAAAUAAUUCGCUCAUGAGUUUAUUUUUCUCUUGUAGCCUUUGGUCGGAGAUGAGCCUAAUCUGAUAAAAAAUCUUCAAGGCUUUUUCGAACUAAAUUACCCUAAGGUAAGAUUUGUGUUAUUUUGGGCGCUAUGUUUUUUUUCACUCUCAAUGCUGUAUCGCUAUAUCCUAUUGUUACCCUUUUUAAGCCUUAUUUGUUUUUCUUUAUUAUAACAUGUGGGUUGUUGGUUGAGACUCUAGUCAAACUGAAAUAUGUGCCCCUAAGUUAAGUUCAGUGAAGUUUACUGAACACACAGACUAAUCUUAUUCAUUCCAGUAUGAGAUCCUUGUUUGUGUGCAAGAUGAACUGGAUCCCGCAGUCAAAAUUGUACGUCAACUUAUGGAAGCAUAUCCUCUGGUGAAUUCGAGAUUAUUUACGGGUAGGUUACGCACGAAAAUAUCUCUGUUUUGAAAACGGAGACAAUCGAUACUUUUAACGUUGAAAAAUAUUUUAAAUUCAUUUUUAAGGAGGGCCCCUGGUUUUAUUUGCAUAAAAAUGAUCAGAGAACUCAACCGUGAAGCCCUUUAGGUAGAACGUAUUGCUUUCAACGUCACCAAUUUAUAAAUCGGAUAAACCCAGGACAACAAUGUAGCAGUCUUAAAGUUCUCAGUCCGAAAUUUCCAACAGGAUACAUAAUUUUUCUAAAUUUUAGCAGGUGAAGUUUGCUCAAAAACCACAGUGUUGUCUAUCAUAAUCGCUACACUGAGACACGCCGUUAAUUACUUUGUUUUUCCAAAGAGACAAUAGCUGUAUGUUGAUCUCUUGGGAAUAAUUUUGUUGUAAAUUUUUUUAAAUUAUACCCUGGUUUUCUGUUAAAGAAUUUUUCACUUUAUCUCCCCUGUGUCUCAUUAAAUAUUCAAAUCAACUACUGAAAAAAUAUUGUUCUACCUGCAGCGAGUUAUAUAUAAUUAUUUAGCUGUGUGCUGUUCUUUGUCACCGAAAAAAUAUAGUGCUCCCAUACCUUCAAAUAAUAAGAAAAAAUUUUUUUUCAUGGUCUAGGUAUUACUAUAAAAUAUGGCAAGAGUGGUUGCAUCUGUAAGAAACAACUUUAAAUUUCUUGCAUUGAACCGUUUAAAAAAAAUACAAUAAACUUGUGUAAAUCAUGCCCCAAAUUAAGAAGACUUCUUAAACAGACAUCAGCCUAAGUACCUAUCAAAUCUACCUGUGUCUAGCUUACACUUCUAUUAAGUGGGUACUGACAACAAAAUUUAGCCCCUUUGACACUUUAAAUCCAUGUGAAGUAGAUAGGCCUGAUGAAAGAGUUUUUUUUUAUUUCCUUAGAUAAAGAUACCAUUUUUUACUUGAUGAAAUAUUAAUAUUAGCAUAUAGGUACUAUUUUAUCAACCUUAAACCACUUGUCCUUGAAAAGUGCUGAUUGCUCACUCUGUUCUAUUUGAACUUAAUAGUUAACUACUCUUCCACAAUUAACUUUUAUUAAGAAGAAACUGAUAAAAGUCAAGGAGGAGUCUGUUUUAUACAGAUAUCACUUUGAAUGGCACUUGCUUAGAGCUCUUUCCUAAUAGUACCAGUUGUCCCAAUUUUCAUAAAGAAUUUUCUUUCUUUCUUCAUCUUCAAAAGAGAAAAAAUAAGUAUUAUUAUAUUAUUAUCAUGUAUUAUUGUGAAUAUUAAUCUUUAUUAAUAUGAAUCUAGAUAUCAAUGACUGAGAGGCAUGGAGUGGGUACAGGCAGGGUGCAUAUUAGUAAUUUCCCUUUUCUUUAAGAUUGAGGAAUUUGUUUAGUACAUAAGUCUUAAGACUUGGGUAGAGCCAAUGGCUAUUCACCACGCUAAUGUGUUUUAAUCACAAAAUUACUCUAGUAAGUAGCUUAGGUAUCUGUGCAUGUGUUAAUAGUACUCUAGCAAGCAAACAACCAACAAUUUUAUUUCUAACUUUAAGAAAGGUUUAGUUUCCCUCCCACCUACACCAUAGACAGUUGUAUCUUAAUCUCAUUCAUGUUUGUAAUUUAUUCCUGAUUAUUGAACCAUUGGUUUUAGUGUAAUCAUCAAAUAUCUUUUAUGUAAUAGUGUUGUGUGUUAUUUAUGUAAGAUAUAUACAUUUAAUAAGCUGUCUGGUCCUAAAACAAGCUUCUGUCUGUUGUGGUGUUUAGUUACAAUCUAAAGAUAUAAAAAGAGGACAAAAGUGAAGAGGCUGAUUUUAGAGCCAAUCUUGAUGAUUUAAAUCUUUUCCUUAGGGUUAUCCCAGAGAAUUGUACUUGCCAUUUCCAGUGAUGUAAGGUUUCUAUAAGUUACAAAGUCAACAAAUGUGGCUGAAAAGUGGACAGUGUUGGAAAUAAAGUUUCACUAUCAAUUUACAUCUUGGCUUUUCUCUGCAGCUGCAAAGACAAUUGGUGUGAAUCCAAAAAUUAACAACAUGAACCAAGGUUACAAGGCAGCAAAAUAUGACCUGCUAUGGAUCUGUGACAGUAAUAUUAAAGGUAACACAGUAUUUUUUGUCAGUAGUAUUUAAAGUAACACUGAUGAGCAAUUACACCUAUAAUCUCUAUAACCUGGUAGGUUUUUUUGUCAUCUUAUUCAGGAAAAGCCUUAUUUAAACUGAAUACUGAAGAUAAUGCUUAAUAAUGAUUUCUUGGCUUUAGGAAGCAACAUCUCCCAGAAGUAGAUUUUUUCCCAUUUAAUCUUUAUCACCUGACUCCACUGGAAAUUCCAGUUUUCCUUGAGUCUUUUCUGUAAUAAUUUUAGGGAUGGCACCCUGGUUCACCUUUUCCCUUUGAAGUCCAGAAGGGUCAUCUGUCAGUAUUCAGUAUGGGUAUUUUAAGGAAAAGCACUUUCCUUCUCUGGUGAAGCAAUAAUGUGUCUUUUUCCAAAUUAACCCUGUGUUUAUACUAGUGUUGUGUAUUGCAAAUCAAUUGUAAGGUAAUUCAUUUUUGCAGUUUAGAUAUCGUUAUUCAAUUUUUUACUUGUUUUUCUGUUGAGAAAUACUAAAUUAUAAUUCUUAUAUUUUUGUUGUGGUACUGCUGUCUUUAGUUCAUCAAGGCACUCUUCAAGAGUUAGUUUCUCAUAUGGGACCAGGAGUAGGAAUGGUUCAUCAGGUAAUAAAGAUUACACGAGGUACACUAAGCAACAAAAUCAUAAAAUAAUAAUGAAUAUUACCACAUCGAGACUUGUAGUCUCAUGGGUUAAGGUGGCUUUUAACUGUUUGCAGUUCUUCUCUGAUCAAAGGAAUAUUAAGUACCUCCAGUGUUUUUAGUAUUUGGUCAGGAGAUGAAAUUUUAGUCUCAAAGAGAUUCCUAAUCAGGAGCAAAAAUGAUUUAACAUUUAUUCUUUUUAACUAUGGCAAAGGUAUAGCCUGUCACACACUAUUUAGCAAACAUUUAAUGUUUUGAAAAUUAAGAUACAGUAUUUCAUAUGUCAACUUGGAUCUUAAUACCAAUAAUGUGCAACCUGCCAAACUCAUGUUUUGCUCAUGAUCAGGUUAAUCUGAAAAUGCAAUUUCCAGGUAUCAAAAUUAAAAGCUAAGGGCAGCAGAUUUCUGGUCAAGAAUAUUCUUCUCUUCUGUUGUUAUCUAUUUCUUUCUUUGGUAAAAAUUAGAGCUGCCAUUGAUUCACUUUUUUCCAUCUUUAAAUUCUCAGACUGCACCCUUUCCCCUUAAGAUAUCACCAUACUUUCUUGAAAGCUGUUCUACAUCCCAGCCAUUCUUUGUGUACUUUAACAAUAUUGUGUCAUGAUUUUAGUCACAUGUUUUUCUGUUCAAUAGUUACCCUUUGUUGCCAACUGUAUGGACUUUGCUGCAUGUGUUGAUAAGGUAGGAUAUGGUUUGUCUGGUGUAGGAAGAGUACAAUCACACUUGACGCUGUAUCUGGUCAUCUCUCAAACACAAAGGCACGAUAUAGACAGAUUGGCUUCGCCCCUUGGUUUUCAGCUCAAGUGCAAAUUAUGCCAUGGUAAUAUUAUGUGAUGGCAAAGCAAAUCAUUUCCAAUUCCAAAUUUACCACAACUAAUGAAGAUGGUUUCAAUUGGAAGAAGGAGAUACAAACCUCAGCAAAUUAUUUUUGUGAUGAGAGAAUAUCAUUGAAACUUAUCAGAGUUUUUGCUGUUCACUCACUUUGGAUCCGCUGCAGCUCAAGCUCUUUUGAAUAUAGUGGUCUGUAUGCUGCAACCAUUGAUUGACAAAUGAUCCAGAGGUACCCAAGGCACCUCUCCUUUUAUAGCGCACCUUCUUGUUUGAGAGUCUUUCCAUUCCUUGCUGUGUGAACUUAUACCACAGUACACUCUCUAGAGUGUCUAGUAUAUUUUUGUAAACUUGCUUCUUUUUUACAUUGUUGCUUAGUUGUAAUGAGUGAUUAAAAUCUUAUCCACAGGUUUACUUUGGAACACAACAUGCAUUUGUGUACUUGCUAGCUUAUUGCUUUGGUCUACUAUGUGCAAAUGGCAUGUCAAGUCUAUACAGCAAGCCACUUCUGGAUGAACUAGGUAAAUUACACGAACUUGAGAUUAUAUCUUUCAGUGAUUAUGAAUUAUUUGCAAACACUAGAUCCCUGAUUGCUUAUCUUUUGAAUCAUCAAAGGAGAUUUUACAGGGAGAAUGUUCCUAUGAGAGAUCUUCAAUACCAUUUGUUGGUUUUGAGUUUUAGCCUUAUUUGACUUUGUGCAGGUGGCCUUGAAGUGUUUUCUUGCUACAUAGCAGAGGAUUACUUUAUGUCGAAGGCAAUAUAUAAAAGGUCAGUAUUCAUAAGCUGUAGAUGACCUCAGUACAGAACCAAGAUAAUGACAUGGUGUUUGUAUAUAGUUUGUUUUAUUUAGGUAACACAUCGGCAUUAAUUGAUUUUGCUGCAUCUCCCUAUUUGACUAUGAUAGGGACAAGAUAAAAAGGCUGAAGUAGCAAAAUCACAUGAAAAGCUAUUUCUUCUUUAAGUUGUGAAGAAUAGGAACUUUUAGGAGGAGACUGAAUUACUGGCAUAUAAAGAAUUUAUAUAGAGGAAGCUAAAUGACCUAGUCAUUUAAAAUGCUUUUGGCAGCAAAUAAUCUUUUCUCAAAGGGCAUUUUCCUGAAGCAGCAAGAAUUUUCAUACUUUCAGUAUCUUUGUUUUCAUGGAUAGCUUUCAAGCUGUAAGGUUCUCAAAAGAAUUAAAGAAUUAGAAUCAGUGCAUCUAGUCAUUGAAGUUCUCCCACUAGUAAGAGCAAUUUUUAAUUGAAUGGCAAAAGUUAUCCAGUGUUGUGUUGUUUUUGCUUGACUUCACUCGGUGAUUGGUCAAGAAAACUGACACCUCUCUCUGAAUCAAUUGGAUGCAAAACUAAGACCAAUCAUGACUUGGUUGCCCUGCUGCACUUUUGGCUUUUACAUGUUUUUACUUUGAGUUCUGAUAGACUCUUAAAUGUAUUUACCUUUCUGGUUGGCUGUUGCAAUAACUUUGGUUUUCAUUUUACAAUUACAAUCAAUCAAAAAGGGCUCUGACAAUAAUCAGUUAAUCUCCAAAUGCUGGGUUUGAGAGAGACUGUCAACAAGCUUAUUGAAUAAACUUUUGUGAGAAGACCCCCUGUUUGUAUUAUAGUGUUGUUUACAAAAAGCAUUUUCAUACAAAUUUUAUUGCAACAGACUAAGAACCAACUCCUUCAAGAUCAAGCUUGAGUUUGUUGUGAAUUAAAUGUGAAGCUUUCUAGUUUUUCAGUUAUUACAACAUUAUUCCCUGCAGAGGUAUGAAAGUUGUUCUGAGCUCUGACCCAGCUAUACAGAAUCCAAGUACAUACUCUCUUGUCAGAUUUCAGCAACGAAUGAUCAGGUUUGCUACAUGAUCAUUAAUUUUUUUGUAGGUGUAAUAAUUCAGAGUGACUUUAAGGUGAAAGUUUGUGACCUCAACCAGUUUGAUCUGUUGGAAGAUUAUCUUAAUUUAUAAUAAACAAAAAAAUAUUUUUAAACAAUUAUUUCAAACAACUAAGUUUGAUACAUAGCACCAAAUUAGUUCUGAGUUAGAAUUGCUGACUGUAUCAGUUUUUCUCUUCUAAAGGAGGCUGAAUUUAUAACCACUGUAUAACAAUUACAAAAAAUGUAUAAAUUGUGUAUUAUUAUAGGUAAUACUAACUUAUAACAGCUGUAAGGAUCAAUAAGUGACACACUUCACAUCAUUUUUAUUUACUACAAAUUUGGAAAGUUUUUGGGAAAGUUUAUUCCCAGGAAUUGUUUAUUUACUCUUAGCUUGGUGUGGCUUAUGUGUUAAGGUUCAGACUUUCUUGGUUCUAAAAUUUUUUAAUCUAGUUUUACUUUUAUUUUAUGAAUAAAAAACAACCUGGUAUAAAAAAUAUUUAACUAGUUUUAAAUGUGAACCACAAUGUUUCCAUGAGAAGUACAUUCUCUAGUUAUUGAUAUCAAGUUAAUUUGAUAUACUGCAGAUGGACCAGGCUGCGUCUGACAAUGGAACCUUUCCCUGCAGUGUUUGAACCUUUUACAGAGAGUCCCAUUAUUGGUUUGAUGUCAUGUUGGGCUGUGUGGCAUUUGUGGGAAAUCAGCUUCAUACUAUUUUUUGUUGAACAUCUUGCUGUCUCAUUUUUGUUGGACUACAUCUUACUUAGAUAUAUUCAAGGGGUGAGUUUCUACCUUCUGAGUAAAACCUGCUUUUACUCAUUAAUUAACAUUGGCCUCUGGAUAUUUCAUAGGCAGUCGUUACAUAGUGAUAUUUACCUGUGCCGUCAUUUUCAUUUAAGCAUGUUCACAUGAAGAAAACCUGUUUUAAAUAAGGUGCAAGUAUAACAUGUUUGGUUACUAAGUAUUUGCCACUGUUGUGCUGAAGUUUGAAAGAGCACUUGUGAAGUUCAUGGUAUGUGCUGCUGGAGACAAUAAGGUAGCAAUUUCUUGUUUUGAAAAGGAACUGUAAGCUGAAGUUACCACUCUGAAAAGAUUGAAAUACAGAGAAGUAGAACACUAAAAAGUGGCAGCUGAUGCUUAAGUGUACUAAACUAGCCAAAUUUUUAGUGAUUCAAUUUAAUUAUUUUGUUGGUUUUAAACAGUAGGGGCAAUGAGAUAAUUUCUAACUUAGGCCAACAUUAGAAAAGUAGAACCUUUCAUAACCAGGUCUAGAUCAUUUUCUUCUUGAAUAUCUACUCUCAGUGCUGGGUUAGGGAAAAUUUCACAAACAAUAUGUAACCUUUGAAUGUUUGUUUGUAAACCAUGUCAUUUCAGCUCCCAGUUACAAUGUGUCCCAAUGUAGAUGAAACAGUACUAUUUGUGACUUUUGUUGGAUGAUUUAUCAUUAAGAACCCUUCUAAGCCAAAUUCAAAGUAAUAAUUGAGAAUUAACCAACUUGUCCUAUUCUUUUGUUUUUCACUUUAGCCAAACAAUUCCUUGCCACCAAUAUGGAAGCUGUUUCUGGCUUGGCUUUUUAGAGAGUAUUCCUUCCUCAUAUUUUUUCUUCAAGCAGCUUGUGGCCGUGAAAUUGAAUGGCGGACUUCACAUUUUGUGCUGAAGCUGGGUGGUAAGGCUGAGAGACUCCAAGAAAAAUGUCAAAAUAUCAAUAAUCACUGCUGUUGACUGAACAUGUUGACUGAUCAUUAGUUGUAAUAUGACUUUAUUUAAGUUGUGCCAUUUUGGACAAAAGUAUUGCUGUGGCCAUCAUUUUAUCUGUUUUGCUCUGCCACAUAAUUUGUUAAGGCCUUAGCUGGCAUCUAUCUUCAUCUUUCCCCCAAGAUGCAGAUUGUAGGUUGGUUAUUUGAUUUAAAUGAGUCAAAUGGGGAAAACUUCUUGAAUGAAAUGCUCAUCAAAAGGGUUUCAUGAAAUGUGUUGUUCAGAAUAUAUCUAUUCAUAAAGAGGAGUAUUUCUCAAUAAUAGGAUAACUUCCUCCUAUGGUAUAUUUCAGUGUUAGUAUUUACUGUCCUUCAGUGAUUACUAGCUUUUAAAGACUCCCACCUUCCCUCUCUCAGAAGUUUAAAUUUUUGCUCCUCUGUUCAACUUAUUUAUAAUUAUUGAUCAAAUUGUCAUUUUACUGAGAUCAUCAAUUCCUACUUAGACAGCUAAAUAAUGAAUGGACUUCUGUGCAGUCAAAGUCCCUCUCAUUACAUUAUUUUACUAUUAAGCUUAUGGGGAUAUUUUUUCAUUUUCAUAAAAUUCAAGCAGUUUCUCUUUUGUCUAUUACAUAAUGAAGUGUUUAAUUGGUUGUAGUUUUGUUGUCUUUUUUAUUUAUUCACUACCUAGGUUUUUUUGUCUGUCUUUCCUGCCUGUUUAACAAAAGAGAAUCUGCCAAUUGAUUGUGAAACAGGAAUUUAUGAGUUACUAGUACUUUUACACCUUGCCUAUGUAGGAACAGUUUUAACAUAAACUUUUCUUUCCAAUACUUUGGCAAAAAUAUCUAUUUGCCUAGAGCAGGAUGGAUAGCUUACCAGAGCAAGCUGAUUCAAGCUGCUUGGAAUCAUUUAAGGCAAAUUAAUUAAAUACCAGUUUUAUCAACACAUUUAAUAACAGAUUAACUUGAACACAGUUAUGAUUUCAGUCUGUGAAUGAUAUUACAAUUAUUGAGAAAUGAAAAGGGGGUACUAUGGAACAUGGAAUUUGCAUCAGUUUUUAAUUGGUAUGGAUUGUGAAAAAGUGUAUUUAUUAUUAAGGUGAAUUUCACAACUAUAGGAGAAACUCCCUUUUUAUUUAUUAAUUAAUAAUUGUAAAAUAAUUUAACUUGUCAUUUUAAUAAAUUAUUUCCCUAUCGAUGGCCUCUUCAUAUAGGGGUUUUCAGUUAGAAAUUCAGAUACAAUGCAUUCAAUUUGUUGUAAGAAAAAAAACAGUUGACUUCAGCCUUUUCAACCUUAUUUGAAUUGUGUUGAUGGAAUAACUGGUAGACUUAAUUUGGAAUUUCAAAUGCUUUGAGCAGAAAUUGUAAUAACUGCUAAAGAGAUCGUGAAUAAAUGUGGUAUGUAACUACAUGACCAAGAAAUUAAAGCAAACAAUUAUAACCUCUGUUUGAUGUAAGAUUUGGACGCACACUCUUAUGUUCAGAGAAACUAUUUAUCUAUCAUUUGUUGGGUUAAGCAUUGUAAUGAAAUGCAACUUUAGUUUCAAAUAAUAUUUUGUCAUUUUAUUUUAAAGCCGUUUCUUAUUUUAACAACUGGCUUUCUUAUUUUGAAAUUGGAUUGGUUGUCAAUGAAUGCUUUCAGUGGUUUGUUUUUGAACUUUAAUUUUACUCGGGUUUGGUCUGAGUCAAUAUGUAUCUUGUUUUACUUGCCAUUGUUUAAUCAGUGGGGAAGUCAGACACUUUCGAAGGUUUUAUUGACCUUAAGCACACUUUAAUAAGAAUUUUGCACUGACAAAAGGUAAAUCACAUGAUUUUUACUUUUGUUACGGCUGUAAAAUAUUGAUUGCAUAAUGCCGGUGCUUUUGCUUCUGUCCAUUUGUUUAUUUAUGACUUGUAAAAUUAUUGGAAGCUUAAUCAUUUUAAAUUAAAUUGCUGUUAAGUCUUGAAACUGCAGUAGCCUUGAUAGGUGGGGAGGUUGAUAUUACUAGUUGGAGGGUUUAUGUAGGUUUUUAUU